AUGUAUGUAACUAAUGAGCUUUACUUGUCGUACGUCGAUGGCCGCUCACAGGGACCGCGGUUCUCGGAACACUCCGAAUGUUUACAAGUGGCCCUCAAUAAAAUUAGAGAGCUAUCUAUGCGGCGGUGCUGCCACCUGGCGGCUCCCGACCGCGCUAAUAAACAUAUCUGUGACGUAGCAGGCGCUCGCGCGCACACUGCGUUCCGCCCCCGAAACGUGUCACCUGCAAUAGUCUCUUCCGUCGCUUCGGCCCCAUUAACAUAA